AUGACCGACUGGCCCAAUCCGUCCCAUUCCCAUUCCCACGCUUAUACCCCCUCCGACUCAACCGACGCGCUCGCCUUCGCCUCUCCACUCGGCGCCGCAAGCUGGGGCCACGAUGGUUUCUCCCACGAUCCAGGCUUCCUAGCCUCGCAAGAAGAGCUCCGAUGCAUGCUAUUUAAUAUUGCGCACUCGGCUGCCCCGACCCGUGCUCCAAGUCCUGACGCGGAUGCUUAUGCGCGGGAUGCGGCACAACGCUGUGGGAACGAUCGGGCGGCGCGUCCUGUUCUUUCGAAUCCGAGAAGGAUUGAGUAUUUGAAGAAUUAUGUUGGGCAGGUUGCGCCUUGGCUUGAUAUGUUUGAUUCGCAGUGUACCUUUCGAGUACAGAUUCCUGCCUUGGCACGCUCGUUUCCUGCGCUGUUGAACGCCAUUCUUGCUAUUUCUGCGAGGCAGAUGGAGAGGAAGGAGGGCAUUCAGGAUUCCUUUGAUAGUCUCGAGCUUUAUCAAGAAGCAAUCCGAUUAUUGAGUCCGUUGCUACAGAUGCGGGAUCCUAAGGUUGUUGCAGCCUGUGUGCUCCUCUGCUGUCUCGAAAUGAUGUCUGCGCGUGCGCAGGAUUGGCAUCGUCAUCUUGAGGGAUGCGCGGCGCUUUUUGAUUCUUUUGAGAUCAAUGGAUUUAGCACUGGCCUUUUGCAGGCUGUUUUCUGGUGCUAUGCACGAAUGGACGUUUGUGGUGCGCUUAUCUCUGAUGGGACGCAGAGCACGCUCCUUCGUCCUGGGAAAUGGCUGGCGCCUGGUUGCCAUGUAGAUGACGCCGCGCAGAUCUUUCAAGCUGCAAAAUCUCCGGAUAUGCACGCCAACUAUGCCGUAUAUCUAUGCGCAAAGACAUGCGAGCUGGUAGCAGAUCGUACCCAGUUUGUGGAGCUGGGAGCGAAGAAUAACUGCACCGGUGAAGCCUUUAAUCGUCGUUGGGUCCGACUUUGGGAUGAUUUGCAAGACUGGAUGGAAAAGAGACCGUCUGAAUUGCUACCAGUUCACACUACCACGACCAAACCGUUUCCACACAUUCUCUUCAUGCAAUGGGCAGCGAUUUCGUCGAACCAACUGUAUCAUACAUCAUGCAUUUUGCUGCUCAACAUGAUGCCAAAAUCUAUCAAGUUGCAGCCAGCACCCGCCAUCUCUGCUUUAUGGCACGCAAGGCGAAUUUGCGGUAUCUCGCUGGCUAACCCGCACCAAGGAUGCUUGAACAAUGCAAUUCAGCCACUUUGGAUUGCAGGGCGUCUCUUUAGCCAUGUCUCAGAGCAUGCCAUUAUCAUUGAUCUAAUCCGCCACAUUGAAGCCGAAACCGGAUGGGGUGCUUGCUGGCGCAUCAGAGACUUAGAACUUGCCUGGGGAUACCAAGUCCCUCGUCUAGAAAGGUCUAGCCCGAGGUAUCGACUUCCCGUACCUGGGUGA